AUGUCAGCUACAACCUCCGAGAGGGCGCCUGGCGCUACAGUUCCUCUUGUCAUUGGAAAUAAUGACAUCACAACAUCAAACACCUUUGACGUCAACAAUCCAGGCAAAGGUCACGUUGAGCACAAAUGCAGCACUGCUGAUGUCAAACACGCCACUCUCGCCGUGGAAUCGGCUGAAAAGGCCUUCCCAGACUGGGCUCUAACCAAGCCGGCCACUCGCCGAGACAUCCUUUUGAAGACAGGCGAUAUAUUCCUCGAGAGGAAGGAUGAGUUCAUUGGCUAUAUGUGCGAAGAAACUGGGUCUCAACCCGACUUUGCGGAGUUCAUCCUGAUGCUUGGCGUGAACCUUCUGAAAGAUGUCGCUGGUAAAGUUUCGGGAAUUGAAGCUGCUUCUCCUGCCCUAGUGCAAGACGGUACGAGCGCACUUGUCUACAAGCAGCCAUAUGGUGUUGUUCUUGGUAUCGCCCCUUGGAAUGCUCCCUACAUCCUGGGUACACGGGCUGUCGCGCUCCCCCUUGCCGCGGGUAAUAGUACAGUUCUCAAGGGCUCCGAGCUCUCUCCAAAAUGCUUCUGGGCGAUUGGAGAUGCGUUUAGGCAAGCUGGGCUACCUGAAGGAUGUCUCAACGUCAUCUAUUCCCAGCCUGCAGAUGCCCCCGAAGUGACUCAAGCCUUGAUAGCUCACCCUGCAGUUAAGAAGUUGAGUUUCACAGGAAGCACGAUCAUUGGGCGCAAAGUUGCGCUCCUCGCGGCACAGUACAUCAAGCCUGUGAUUCUCGAGCUAGGCGGGAAAGCUCCUACCGUCGUUCUUGAGGAUGCCGAUAUAGAAAAGGCAGCACUCGGCGCAACACUCGGCUCGUUCAUUCACACCGGACAAGUCUGCAUGUGUACCGAGCGUAUCAUCGUACACCGCGCCAUCGCUGAUAAGUUCCGCGAGGCUUUGAAAGCCACAGUCAACAAUGUUCUCGGGGGUCCAAGCACACAACUCGUUGCAGUCAAUUCGGCGGCAAUUACCAAGAAUAAAGACUUGGUUCGCGAUGCGAUUUCCAAGGGUGGUAAGGUUUUGCUUGGGGACAUUGAUACUGAAGCAACUUCCAAUACCCGCAUGGGACCGGUCGUUGUCGAAAACGUUACCGAAAAUAUGGAUAUCUACAGGACCGAAUCAUUUGGUCCGACCGCAUCCCUCUUUGUAGUUGACAGCGACGAUGAAGCAGUCAAGCUCGCAAAUGAUACCGAAUACGGCCUCAGUGCUUCUGUGUACACUGAAAGCCUAGCCAGGGGGUUGAAAGUCGCCAAACAGAUCGACUCCGGUGCGGUACAUAUCAAUUCCAUGACUGUCCACGACGAAGCAGCUCUUCCCCACGGCGGAGUAAAGAGCAGCGGAUACGGUCGCUUCGGAACUAACAUGCUGGAUGAAUUCCUGUGGACCAAGUCUGUGACUUGGGUUGACUAG